AAAGAGCCGUACAAACUGGAGCUUCAGGAAAAAUUGAAGUGGAACGCGAAGACCUUGCCAUUUCGGCUGUUCGCUUUCCAAAUGUAUUUUGAAGAGCCCGCCUGGAAGGGGAAACGCCGCUCGCCAGCUGUUUGCUCUGAGUGCUCUACAAAUAGCGCGGCGUCAAAAACUGGGUCUCCCCCAAUUUCCACCAGCGGACGAGGCGAGCGUUCAACUCCGAGGUAGCAUGGACUUUAAAUAUCAGCUGCCUUCUGAAGUUGGUCAAGAGGCUGAGUCAAAAUGCUUUAUUGAAGGUUUUCGAGGCGCGUGGUUUCGUUGUAAGAUUAAGAAAAUUGGCUCUCGGAAAGGGCAUAUUGGGUAUUUCUUGGAGUUCUUUGACUUUCCAGAUGAAAGGAUUACUUGGACUAGACUGUAUCAGAAGUCCCCGCAACCUAUUAAAUCAGGUGGAGAGAGCAAAAUGGAGCUUAUGUUGCGCCCUACCUUUCCUCCCUUCUAUCGGGAAAAUCAACUGCCUGAUUCUAAUCUGAAAGCUGAUGUGGUAGCGAUUGUCAAUGACACUUGGAAAGUUGGUGAUUUGGUUGAUUGGUGGUAUGAGUCUUGUCACUGGUCUGGAAGAAUAACCCAAGUACUUGAGGAUGACAAAGUCCUGAUAGAGCUGCCAGAGCCUCCACUCGGUGAAGGGGAGUCGUAUGUCGCUUCCUGCAAGGACUUGCGUCCAUCUUUAGACUGGUCUCCAGAAAAUGGGUGGACUGUACCCAUAUCUAGGAACUAUGGUGGUUCUCAUUAUUCCGCUCGUUUAGUUCGCCCACAUAAUGAAGGUGCGGAAAGAAUUUGUACUAGUGUGGACUUGAAGUUCGAUGGUUCUAGAGAAGAAAAACCUGACUUUCUGUGUAAAGAAUCCAUUUUGAAUGACGAGACGAAAGAUGUGUCACAGGAAUUGAUAGAAAUAUCAUCCAGGAAAGAUUGCACGAGUUCUUCUGAUUCUGAGAAGAUACAAAUUAGUGAAAGCAACUGUGCGACAUCAGCAAAAGAUGCAUCAGAUGCACCGGCAGAUACAUCAUCCAGGAAAGAUCAACUUGAUUCUUUAGAUUCUAUUGGGAAGAUAUGGAUAAGUGAAAGCAACUACGUGACUUCUAGAAGGCAUCCUGACACUAUAGAAUCAUCCAUCAUAGAACUGGAGGAAGUUGCAAACAAAAUCAAAUGGCUUAAGGGAUUUUUACGAUAUGGGUUUCGAUGGUCCAAUGAAAUGAAACCCUCGUGGAGAUUUGUGGAGAACCGUUGAUCACUUAAACAGAGAUGACUUAAUAUACAUCAGGUUUUUGGGAUUUCAUAGUUGAUACCGCUUAAUCACUGAUCAGCAUUUUGCUGGAGCUGAAUGGGUGAUCGGAAGAUAUGCACAACAAACCAUAAGAAUGGGAUUACCUCCAUCUUGUACGUACUAAAAGCCACCAGCAAACCCAACAUCUUGAGUUUUUCUGGCAUUAUUGGCUACAUGGUCUAUGAAUCAUGCAAUUCUGACCGGACAAGAUUCGAGAUAUGUUCCUCAUAUUGCGGGAGGCUGUAUAUAAGUCAAAGUUGAUGGAAACUGCAAGGUGGAAACUAAAAAAUGUAUUUAGAAGGUUGUUAUACAGAUCAGUUUUAUGAAUUUGAAGGAUCACAACCGCUGAGGAGGGCCGAUUUUGUGAGAACAAAAUGGCAGUCGCAUAGGGACAAGCCUUUUUUUUUUUCCCUUCUUUUUUUCCCAGCGCAAGCAAGAUGUUAUCUGCAAAGAGCAUUAUUUGUUUAGAAUGUUUGCAUUGCAGUGUUAAUACGAAUCAACUGAAAAAUGGCCUUUGAGUACUCAUAUACCACUUGGGCUUUCCUGAUGGUUUUCUUCUCUGCGGAGGAUUCAGUCUAUAUCGGCAUGUGGUGCUCAGUUACACGGUACAUCUGCAAUAUAUGUGCUGUAAUUGUUUCAGAAUGUUAUAAACGAUACGCUUUGGGAUAUCAGCCAAUGCAAUUUAACCCAUUUGUGCUUAUACAAUUUGUUGUUGUUCUUUUUGUUAUUUUUGAUGGAAGGAUUUGAGAUCAUAUGUUCAUGUGCUAAUCAAUAUUUUCUUGGUGUCCA